AGACCCGAGUACUGCUCUCUUUUUAGGUUUGAGUGAGUAGAGAUUCAACCAACAGCCCGGAGAUCAACAUGAAGCUAGUAUUAACAACUCUUCUGGCUCUUUGUCUGAGCUUCUGUGCAGCUGAGACUUGCACAGACCCGGUGAUUUCUCCGUCUUCAUACACGACGACAGACGCGCUCAUCUCCUCCGAGACUGUGUUCAUCGUUGAACUGAGUCUGGCGUGUGCAAACGGGGCUCAGAGCGUCGCCCUGUACGCUGAUGUCAAUGGCAAGCAGUUCCCUGUGACCAGAGGCCAAGAUGUUGGCAAAUACCAGGUGUCAUGGAGUGUUCCUCAUAAGCAGGCCAGCUCAGGCACAUAUCAGGUCAAGUUCUUUGACGAGGAGUCUUACAGCACUCUACGAAAGGCUCAAAGAAACAAUGAAGAUGUCGACGCCAUCAAGCCUUUGUUCUCUGUAAACGUGGAUCACAGGGGUGCGUGGAAUGGUCCAUGGGUGUCAACGGAGGUCUUGGCUGCACUGAUUGGCAUUAUGGUUUACUACCUGGCCUACAGCACCAAAAGUGCCAUCCAGGCUUAAGAAGAGAAGAAUUGCCAUUUCCAUUGUUCAAACUGGUCUUCAUUACAUCUUCAUCUCCAUUACAUAUUUGACAUUUAAUGUGCAGAUUUUACUGCCACGGAAACCAUAGUUAGAACCUGACACAGAUCAAAAUAUGGACAAAGACAAUUAUUAUAAAGUGGUGUUAUGUUUGCUUUGUUUUUUUUUUUAAUCUGAUAUUGUCAAAUAAAGGACAGAAUUUUUCAUUUGUGCUAUUAAUUUUAAACCUCAAAAGCUCUGAGGUGAUUAUCGGUGACUCCUCAUCAUCAAAGUCCAGUUCUGUGUUUUUGGAGUGUCCCAAAUAUCGAUGAAAUUCAUUGAAUGUGGGAAUAAACAACUUUUCUGAAAGUUUUUCUG